AGGAACUGCGGUGGGGGUCGUUGACCUUGUAGUCAUUGUGGGACGAAAUGGUGCAACAUCGAAGAACAAACAGUGGGACGAACGCACUACAGCGACGACGUUCUUCAUUUUCGCACACAGUACAAACAUAAUGGGCAACGAAAUUUCAGCUGCGGGGAAUUGUUGCACGACUGACGGUUCGUCGUCCAAUCUCUUCCAGCAGAACGAGCUGCAGGUCCGGGGCAACAAGCGGCGGCGUGCGCCGGCGUUGCAAAGCUUCGACCUGCAUCUGGGGCAGCACCAGAACAAUGUGAUAACGACCUUUCGCAACGCCCACAGUUUCCACUUUCGCAGCGACGUAUUCGCGCGCCGCCACGCCGACCCGACCGAGUUCGCAGCGCAAUACUCCGUCGGGAAGGAGCUCGGCCGGGGCAGUUUCGGGAUUGUCCGGGAGGCGCGGCACAAGCACUUCCGCGAUUUCCGUGUCGCUGUGAAAACCUGGAACGAGAGCUCCACGCAGCGCGGCCGCGAAAACUUCCUCACGGAACGGGCAGCUUUGGCACAGCUAGACCACCCGCACAUCGUCCGCCUCUGGGAAGUGCACGACGCAGAGCAGAAGCUCUUGCGGGACGAGCAGGAAUGCUGCAUGGGAUUGGUUUCGGAGCUCUGCCAGGGAGGGGAGCUCUACAGCUACAUCGCCUCGCACGCGGUUCGCAACCGCUUUCUUGAGGAGGGGGAGGUCUGCGCGUUUCUGCACCAGAUGAGUCUCGCGUUAAAUUACCUGCACGUCCGCGCGAAAAUGAUUCACCGCGACGUGAAGACCGAAAACUGGUUGUUUCUAGAGCCGGUGAAUGAUUCUAUUUCCGGCCAGAGCCAGCCAGCCCCCGGGGACACCGGCGGUCCAGUGAGUAGUACUACGUUCAGGGCGCCGAGUACUACGGGAGGCCGUGGAAGUAGAAGUAGGACGAAUUCCAGUCGUGUAGGUAGUUACAGUUCAGCUGCGCCCGGCACCCAGGGCCGCGUUAUGAAGAGCAAGAAGCUGCUGAAGCUGUGCGACUUUGGCACUGCGACGCCCAUCGACGCGUCGACGGGGCAGGCACGCGUAGGCACACUGUCCUACACCGCACCGGAAAUUUACAACGGUGAACGCGCGACCUGUGCCUCGGACGCCUGGUCGCUCGGGGUUUGCCUUUUCGUGAUGCUUUCCGGGCAGUCUCCGUUUCGCGGGGGCGCGGGUGGUGGAGGCGGGAACAGUAGUACUGCAACCGGCGGCGGCGCAUCAAAGCCCACACCGCGAGGUGGACCUGGCGGCAGCGCCAUAGUUUCGGAUCCGAAUUUUCACUCUCAUAGCAAGACGACUGUCGUGACCUUUUCCCCGCGCGGCGGCAGAAGAAGUGGCAGCGACAGUGCAGCUGCGGGCGGUAGGGAUGGUCGUGAAGAACCGCAGAUCGCCGUUUCGGACCACCAGCCUGUCAAGAUGACCCCGCGCGGAAACGCCAUCGUGAACACGACCUCGAUUCUCGGUGGCACUGGAGGCGUGAGUGAAGUAGAAGCGCCCCCUGCACCAGCCACUACUUCUGCAGCUGGCGCAGCCCCGAUGUCGUCCUCGACCGCACGUGGUCCCCGGGAGGCGCGCGAGACGAUACAGCGCGUUAAGGCCGGGGAGUACGAUACUCACAAGCUGGACCACGUAUCUUCUAAUGCGCGGCGGCUCGUAAACCAGUUGUUGCAGGUUGACCAGGCCCGUCGGUUUACCCCGCAGCACGUGCUCAGCGAUCCGUGGCUGGCCGGCGUGCAGGCGCAGUAUGGACGCUGGAGGGAUUACCCUGCCUCUCGCGGAGGUAGUAAUGGCACAAAUUUGCAGUCUUCUACUGGGACGACGAUGUUAACGACUGCCUCUGCAGGAGGAGGCAUCAAUCCGGACGGACAAAAACCCUCGAUUUCGGCUGCUUCCAGUCCCCCGUGUUCGUCGACGACCAGUGGCACUGACGAGGAAGCGACCACGGGGACCUUCUUUGGCGAUUCCUCCACUUCGCGCGACUCACAGCUAGAGCGACGAGGACCUCAGAAUUAUUUGGUGCUAGUAGAGCAAGGUGAGCAAGAGGCAUUGAAUCACCUCGGGAUUCCGUUGAAGGCGUAUAGUAGCCAGCCUACGUCGACGUCGGCGCCGCAUAAUUUUUCUGCUCAACAUCUUCCGGGCAGCAAUACUAGCUCGACUUUGCCUCGCCGAGACGGUCGGUCCCGAUCGAAAAACGCCGUGUCGGGACGGUGGGGCGCCGUGGCCACGACGACUACAACCCAGAGUGCAGCUUUUGAUGGAGAAACAACUACAUCUCACGACCGCGACGAUCUCUCCGGAAGAUCAGCUGGCCUUCCACCUGACGGUGACGGCAGUUCUUCCUCGGCGCAGAAGUGCAACCGCCAGCAGAGGUCGUUCGUGCGGCAGGCCCGGAAGCACUUGGCCCAGUUUCUUCGACUGGUUAUCGCCUUCGGCCAGUGCGACAGCUUGCAGCGGAUGGCGCUCCACGCCUGCGCGAAGGCGGUGGCCGACAGCGCCGACCGCACGCUCACGCACCCGGUGCUGCCCUGGUACGACUUGUUUGUCUUCUUCGACGCGGACCAAGACGGCGAACUUGGGCUAGAUGAACUUGUUGAAGGGAUUGUGCAACUUCUCAUGCGGGACGACAUACCCGACCCAGAAUCGGUGGGUGGGACGUCACUACCGGAAUACGCCUUGUCAACAUCUUCCAUACUAGCGAAUCUUCAUGAUCAGCUGCGCGGCAUCGUGGCGAUGUUGGACACGCGUGGAUCUGGCCGGGUCUCCUGGUCGGAAUGGAUGGCACUCGAGCGCAUGACGCAGCGCGCUCCGGCGUUACUGGCGAGCAGCGAGCCCGCUUUUUAUUCGCUGCAGGCGGUGUUCACGUCGCAACGCAGUCUGAUGGACGCGGUGCUCCUCCGGUCGCCGGCCGACGCCGAGGCGGUCUGCGCGGUCAUGGACCGACUGCAGAUCAUCCCGAAAGUACUGGAGGAAGUUUUUAUCCAGCACGAAAAAUCGUAAAACUUUUUGACGUCGAACAGGCAAUAUUGAAGGAAAAAGAAGGAAGAUGUGGUCGUGGCUGCGUUGUAUUUUGUUGCACUCGUGCUUUUUUUGUAGUCGUGCUACGUUCUUCUUGUUCUACUUCUAGUGUCAACGACGUGGUCCCGUGCACGUGAAGAAGAAGAGCUUCCAACCUAUCAUGUCUGCCAGACGCCGGAACAAGUAAGUUAGUACGAAGAAUGUGAUUUUUCCGUGGAUUCUUCUUUCUCCAAGAAGAGGUGAUAGCCCGAUGGACGUAAGCGUCCUGCUCGUGAAUCUCGACCAGCAGAAUGCUGUGGACGCACAACAUGAGCCGGCUUUUAACAAGGCAUCCGGUAGUUUCUUUCCAACAUCUUCCCCCCAUGGUAGUGCACAAGAAGGAGCACUACCAGCGGUAGAAGGAGGGGGGGCGACGGUGGGAAGAAUGAGUGAAGCGCGUUCAUCCGACCCGCAGCGGGCUAUCCCAGAGAUCGACGACAUGAUUGAGGAGAGCGACGUGGUCCUCCCCUUGUAUCUGCAAACCCAGUCGUCCUCAACUACAGCCUCUGUCGCGAGGCGCCAGAGCAAGAGUUCGCUGCGUGACAAGGUGAAAACCUCGACUGUCGGCAAUUUGUUGCCCCCAGCAGAAGUGCCAAGUUCUACCACUGCGACGAGCUGUGGAUCGUUGGAAGUUUUCCCGUCUUUCUGCGGUACUAGCAUCGGUGGCCCCAGCAGCACGGAGCAGGAACAUAAUUUUUACCGCCCGGAUUUGCCCUUGCGAAAGCACGGCCUCUUUGCCGACCGCGGAGAGCCCUUUGGGUGGCGCCACUUCGUCAAACUCCUGGACUUUACUGGUGUGCAAGCGUAUCGUUGGUGGCAACAAAAUGCUUCGUUCGCCGUUUGCCCAUGACUUGUCUUUUUUUUUGCUCUAAAGCGACACUAUAUGUCGUGGUUGGGACACCUUCGCUCUCGAUCAUUGCAUGCAUUAGAAGAAAACAUGCUGAGGUGGUCGGCUGAGAUGCAAACCUGCAGUAGCACGGCCACCCCUAGCAAAGUGACUAGUUGUUGUUAGCAUCAAGACAAGACCAUGAUCGUCAUUCAACAACCGUAGAUAUUAGAUCCGGACAACUUGUAGAGCAUGCAGCCAUGAUUGAAUGGACAAGUAGAGGGUGAAUGCGAAAAAGUACACCAGUUUUCCCACACGACACCUUUCCAGCGAUCUACACGAGCGAUUUGUUUCCGCCACCGGGACCGAAGCUCUAGAAGCAAGACAAGGGACACGCUCGGCGGCACCGUGCGACGAAGGGUGGAUACGUUUCGUUGACAUGAAAUACGUACUAUCCAUCGUCCGAAAUGCAGAAGUUCGUGUUUACCAGGGGUUCGAUGUGGUUUCCGUUUCGCACUACGGCAUAUGACUGAUCGUGAACAAUUCCAUUCAUUACGAUGAAUUCCAAUUACGGAGUGUGUAAUGGACAUUAUUUUGCGACUGUGCUAGAAAAUUGGACGAUGCGAGCGGUGAUGAAAAAUAGAAUGCCAUAGGACCACCGACGUCGAAAGAAAAUCAAUCGAGACUCGGAAAAUCUAGUAGGGAAUAAUGAACCUCCUACCGUGAUCUUCAACUACGGCACCUUUCCGGACUUGGAAUACAACAU